AUGCCGGCCCUACCAACCUCCCUCAUGCCCUCGCGGCUGCACCAUCACCAUAAAAGACAACUCGAGGGCGACAAGAGGACCGUCCUGGUUGCGUGUGUCUGCUCUCUCAUCCUCCUGUCCAUCGCCUUGUACUUCUACAGAGCCCGGAAGCGCUACGAGAAGGCCGCGCCAGCGAGACUACAUCCCAACAUCCAGCUGCAGCGCCAGGAUAUGCCACAGCAACCCGGUAUGCCGCAGCAGUUCAACACAGACUACACUCACUAUCCGGUGAUGCCGCCGGCGCAAGUCGGCCUGCGGAGCAACGAUGCCCAGUUCUAUCCCCCUGCGCCUCCAUACACCCCGCGGGAGCAGGAUCAAACGAAGCCUCAGGAUGAUACAUUUCCACGAACACGAACACCGCCGCCAACAUAUAUUCCCUCAACUCAGCCGGCACAACACGCUUCGAACUAG